CGUGUGACUAUUUGAAAUUUUUUUUACAACUAACAAAUCCGAUCACGACCUGAAAUUUUGGCUUGGCAUUCCGAGAUCUGUAAUAGAUACAUACUUCUACUUGAAUAUUCGUUGCAAGUUUACUUUUCUACAAUAAUCAGCGAUGGAUAUCUCGUCUUCUUCGAAUAUUAAUGUUUCUGGUCUUUCUCAUGAUACUGACGGAUUUUUAACCCUUCCUGUAGAAUCUCCAAACUCAGAUGCGUUAGGGAUAAAACGCAGAAGUUCUUCGCGGACGAUAAAACGUCGAAAAUUUGACGACGAAUUGGUUGAAACUACAUUCAAUCUCCAACCUCCUACAGCAGCAACAAAAUCUAAUUCACGAUCAAGAACUGUAUCUAUGUCUGGUGGACCGUUGGAUCUUUUGCCAUCGCCUACGCUACCUAGUCCUAUUCCAAUUCCAGCAACAAUAACACAGUCAGACAGAUGUAAUCGACGUCCUAGUAGGCCCAGUGGCUCUACAGGACCCGGUAGAAAGAAUAAGAAGAAUAAAAAUCAUCCACAUUCAAUCAAUGCAACCAAAGACCUAGGCAGAUGGAAACCGACGGAUGAUUUGGCUUUGAUAACUGGUGUUCAGCAGACAAACGAUUUGAGAAUGGUCCAUCGAGGCACCAAAUUUUCUUGCCGCUUCACACUACAGGAAAUACAGCAACGAUGGUAUGCGCUGUUAUAUGACAGUGCAGUGUCUAGGGUAGCUGUUCAAGCAAUGCGCAAUUUACAUCCAGAAUUAAUUGCCACAGUUCAAGCUAGAACACUAUACAGCAAAGCUGAAGAAGAUCUUUUGGGAACAGUGAAAUCUAGUUCUCAACCAACGUUGGAAACGUUUCAGGAACUUUUAGAAGUAAAUGCUCAAACAUUCUACCCUGCUCGAACAGCUAAAGCCUUGAUGGCACAUUGGCAGCUUAUGAAACAGUAUCACUUAUUACCCGAUCAAACAGUUCAAGGUUUGCCUCGUGGUGAGCAUGUGUUGAGUUUCUCCGAUGCAGAGGAUAUGAUAAAUGAUUCUGAACUUGUUGAACAAAAGGAUGAAAUGAUCGAUGCCGAAUUAGCCAUGGCUGACAGAAAAAAUAAAAAAGAGAUCCGAAUGUUAGAAAAUGAGCUUGGUAGAUGGCAAGUUCUUGUCGAUAGUGUGACAGGCAACAACCCUCCAGAUUUUGAUAAUCAAACCUUAGCCAUAUUAAGAGGAAGGCUCGUUAGAUAUCUUAUGAGAUCGCGAGAGAUCACUGUGGGUCGUUCAACAAAGGAUCACAGCGUUGAUGUUGAUCUGACAUUAGAAGGCCCAGCCUGGAAGGUAUCCAGACGUCAGGGCACAAUACGGUUGAGAAACAAUGGUGAUUUCUUUCUAUCUUCUGAAGGAAAGAGGCCAAUUUUUGUCGACAGCAGACCCAUUUUAGCUGGGAAUAAAAUGAAGCUUAAUAAUAAUAGCGUCGUGGAGAUUGCAGGUCUACGUUUCAUAUUUUUGAUAAAUCAAGAAUUGAUAUCCGUAAUACGUCAAGAAGCUGCAAAGUUGAAUCUAAACCCUUAAAUGAGGCAAAAAAUAAAACGUGCGUCACUAAAAAUCGAUACAAUUGGAAUCUCACGAGCUUAUCAAUCCGAAAAAUUCGCAUGCUGAAAUACUGAACUCGAGUGAUUCAAAGGAAAUAUCUUUCCUGAUGAAUUCUGUAUCUAAAAUUGAGUGUCAAGUGAAUAUUCCAAAGGGCUUCGAGUGCGUGGAUAAGUGAUGAUGUGUGUGAUUCCAACUAAAACUUUCAAUCACUGGAAGAAAGUGAAAAAAUUCGUAAAAACCUCAAUACGGUUUUUAGGCUAUAUACGUUAAUUAAAAAAUGUGUAGACUAGUUAUGGAGACCCAGUAAUUUUCCGCAGAUACCUCCACGUUGUUGAGAAAAAAGAUUCCGUCAACUAUAGUUAUUAGGAACAACAUAUGACGUAUUAUUACAAAUGCAUCGUUCUUUCUCCGAUCACAGUGAAUAAAGAUGUGUGUUACUUUGA